AUGCAGUCGAAAUCAGGGCCACCACCCCCAUUUUUUCCCUCCACCUCAUCCACCACCAAGCGUAAGAUCAGCACAUUUGAAAGAUCAAUCAGUCCUCCGGCUUUAAAAAGGAAAAGGCCUGUAUCCCGUGACGGUAUCAGUGCUACCUCUUCUACCUCUGCUUCUGCUCUUACUCCUCGCUUUUCGGAAGUUUCCCAUGCAUCCUCACGGGAGGUUGUUGAGAAAAGCGGCGAUGAUGAAAAAAGACGAGAAGAAGUAGGCAUGAGAGAUAAGAGCACAGAGAUUAACAUAUUGUCCUGGAAUGUAAAUGGACUUACACAUCUCCUCCAUAAAUCAAUGCGGACAAUCACAUCUUUUUUCAGCACUACUUUUUCGAGGAAGAAAAGGGAUGGAGAAUUAUAUGACUCCGAGGAUGAGAGGAUGGAACAAGAGGAGGGACGACGUGGAAAUGGAAUACCGCCCAUGAGAGGGUUUUUAAAGAGGCACCAUUGGCCGCAUAUUGUGUGUCCCCAGGAGGUUAAGAUUGCUCCUAGUGAAAAGGAGAGAAUGGAAAAGGCCCUGGAGAAGGCUGCUAAUUUUGAGGAGGAUGGGAGGGGGAAUGAGACCGUUGGUCCAAAGUAUUAUGUGAUUUUGUCAUUGCCUAGGGAUCAGUAUAAUGCAAAGGGGUUCGGAGGACGAGUGCAUGGUGUUUGCUCGUUGGUACGAAAGGAUCUGGAAUGUUGCGGCGGCAUCCCCGAGAAAGCUAUGGAAGCAAAGAAGAGGGUAACUACGAAAGGUGUAGAAUGGGACCUCGAAGGUCGCGUCCUCAUUACUGAGAUCAUAAACCAAGAUUCCACAGGUGACAGUGAAAGGAGAAGGGAAAGCCUAGUAGGAUGCUGGAAACUGGAAGUAAUCAACGGAUACUGGCCCAACGGGACCACCAACCCCUAUCGGUCCCCAACCACGGGUGAAAUAUCCGGCACCCGCCGUGAUUUCAAAAGGAGUUUCUACAAACGGAUGCUAACCCAAGUCCAGACCUAUCAAAAGGAUGGCUGGCACGUCUUUCUCAUCGGCGACAUGAAUAUCGCUCCUCAGCGUAUCGAUGGGUUUCCCAAUCUUCGCUUGGGCGUUGAACAUGUGCGGAAUCGGGAAGACUUUAACAGAAAAUUCCUCUCGGGUGAUAACCCCAACGGGAUGGGAGGUGUAGAUACUUUCCGCUGGAUUAGGGGCCAGCUGAAGAAGUAUAGCUACCAUGGGGAGAGAGCUGAUCAAUGGGGAAUGAGUUGUGAUAGAGUUGAUUUAGGGAUUGUGAGUCGUGGAGUUGUGGAGCGCGACGCGUUGGUUAAUGCUGAUAUAUUGGAGACUGUUGAGGAGAGAGGUGGAAGUGACCACGUGCCUAUUGGGGUUGUUAUUGAUGUUGAGAAGUUGGCGAGGGUAUCUAGGUUAGGAGAGGCUGUGUCUGACCUCCAGAUAGGUAAAGUUUGA